AUGGAACACAUGCACGGAGGCAUGGGCGGCGGCGCGGACAGCUGCAAAGUCUCGAUGUUGUGGAACUGGUACACCAUCGACGCCUGUUUCCUCUCAUCGAGCUGGCACAUCAAAAACAACGGCAUGUUUGCCGUCAGCUGUAUCGGCAUCGUCCUGCUCGUCCUCGCCGUCGAGUUUCUGCGGCGCCUGGGCAAAGAGUACGAUGCCUUCAUCCUGCGCCAAGCCCGGCGCCAGUUUGCCCACCAAUACGCCGACGUCAAAAACUUCGACACGCCUGUCGUCACAUUCCGCGCCACCUUUCUCCAGCAGUUCACACGAUCCGUCAUCCACGCCCUGACCUUUGGCGGAGCUUACAUUGUCAUGCUCCUCGCCAUGUACUUCAACGGCUACAUCCUCAUCUGCAUCUUUAUCGGUGCCGGCCUUGGCAAGUUCCUGUGCGACUGGCUCGUGGUGAACAUAGAUGUGGACCAGGGACGGAGCGCUGAAGGGCAAUCUUUGGUCAAGGGCAUCGAGGAGCCCAGCGUUUGCUGCGGAUAA